AACCCUUAUUGUAGUGUUUCCGUCAAACAGUUCAAAACCCUCUCACUUUGUUCUUCUCCAAAAACACGAUCUGGGUUCGAGCUUCUGACUCCUCCUCCUCUUCCCGGAAGAAGAAUAACCCUGCCCAGGUACAAAUUCCUUCAACCCCUGUAAAAAUCCAUCUUCUUCAAGUUUCUCUUUGCGAUCGCGAAGUUUAUAUCUUCACAAUGUUGUUGUUCUGACGCUCUUAAAAUUAGAAACUUUGACUCUAAAAGCUUCUUUUGAAAUUGUAUUCGGUUUUUGAAUCACCCUAAAUUGUUAGUAAAGGAAUUCAUGGUUUUGAGGUUUCUCUGAGGUUUUAAUUUGUUCGUCUUUUGUAUUGUUUUGCAGGUUUUAGUUCUCUGGGUUUUUGGCAUCUUAAUAAUGCUGCCGCUUUCUUUGCUAAAGACUGCUCAAGGGCAUCCCAUGUUAGUGGAGCUGAAGAAUGGAGAAACUUACAAUGGUCACCUUGUGAACUGCGAUACUUGGAUGAAUAUCCAUCUUCGUGAAGUAAUCUGUACCUCAAAGGAUGGAGAUAGAUUUUGGAGAAUGCCAGAAUGCUAUAUCCGUGGUAACACUAUCAAGUACCUACGAGUUCCUGAUGAGGUGAUAGAUAAAGUUCAAGAAGACACAAAGAGUCGCUCAGAUAGAAAACCACCAGGGGUUGGACGUGGAAGAGGAAGAGGUAGGGAUGAGGGUCCUGCUGGGAGACAGGGAAAAGGUAUUGGGCGUGGUGUUGACGACGGAGCUGCCAAAGGUGGAGGCCGGGGCAGGGGAGGACCUGCUGGGAAGCCAAGUGGCAGUAAAGCCGGGGGACGUGGACGUGGCUUGUAAUUCAAUAGGUGGAGGGAAAAAGUAUCUGGGACCUGAGUUGCCGGAUUUUACAUGGCAUGUUAUCUGUGUUUUAAGGUACAGUGCUUACGCUUAGAAGAAUGGAAUGGAGGUGUAUUUUUAACGCGAAUGGUUGCCUCCAACCAAAUAGCAGGAUUUCAACUUUGCUAGUAGUUCUCCUUUGUUUCUGAGAAUGAACGAAUGAACAAAUGUAAUUAUCACCAUGUUACCUUGAAUUUGUUGUCUGAAUUCAUUGCCGAGGUUUAUAACCAAUUCUUCAAUUAUCAUUGUGCUUAA